UCCACUGUGACGCACCGAUCAUCGCGCUGCACGCUAUUUGCUGCAAAUCCGAUUGUUUCUCGCCAUGCCCACUCCUGCCAAUUUCGUCUAUGACGAGCACAAUGUGCCGCGGAUGGGCACCGUUCGCAAGUCCUUCCAGACAAAUUCACUGCUGCUCAAGCCUCGACUUGGAGCGGUGAAGAAGCCCACUCAGGAUCUUCCAGAGCCCAACUACAUCUAUGGCGUUUGCAACGAUUUGGAGGCCGAGGGAGUGAGAGAAGUGAUGACGCACCGAGAACAUAUCCCAGAUCCAGACGCUAUCAACGGCCCCGAUUUGAUCCAGAUGAAUAGGCUCGCCACCAUUGCCCACAUCGUGAAAGCUCCAGGAAUUCGACCCUUCCGGAAGAAUCACUACUGUCCCUUGCCAGUGAGCCAACGAGUGGGAACCCCACCUCCACUCCCCUCGGAGAAAAAUCCUUAUCACGUCUAUGGUUGCAGAGGAGAAAAGAACGAGGACAUGGGUAAGGUGAUGAAGAACGGCUAUGCUGACGAGUGGAUCAAACUCCAAAUGUUCCACCAGCACAAAUACAACCUACCGAGGAUCUGCUUCAUUCCUCCAAAGACCAACAACGCCACAGUUAUGUCCGCUCACGCGUGCUUCCAUCGAAUGCACCCCAAUCCUCCGUCUCCCAGAUUCAUCCUCUCCAAGUUUAAGAACGUCCCUCACAAGAUUGACAACGUCCAGCCCAUCCCACUCAAGAGAGACUAACGAGAAAAAUUCCUUUUCUUUUUCAAGAUCAUCUUUUUCUUGCCUGUAGAAACAUUAUCAUCUCGAGCUGGCUGGCCCAAGAUCAAAAGAA